UUAUCAAUUUAAAAAAACUCUUGUGUUUUCAAAAUGAAAUGGAGACUCCAACAAAAUUAUCAUUUUCACCAAGCAACAUUCUUGCACGACUAGAAGAAUUAAAGCGUUGGCAAACUGAACAAGAAGAGCGUUUAAAAAAACGUCAAGCUCAACAACGUGAAGUUUUAUCUACCGAACAACGGCGUAUGUGUGAAGCUUUCGAAUUAACAAAUAAUUCAUCUUUUACGUCAUCAGUGUCAGACUCAAGUUGUCAUUAUGAUAAUAAAACCGCGGAAACCGAUCAAUCAUCUCAUAUUCCUCAAAGUUCGACUGACGAAAUAAGAGCAGAUUCCAAGAAUGAUUUGUCAACAUUUCAAGAAUGUACAAACUUAACUGAACAAAAUCAAGCAAAUGUGUCAGUGAGUCAACUAAAUUUUGAUGAAAUUCCGAUCAAUUCUAUUAAACAAACUAUUCCAGUAGAAAAAUCUGUAAUGAGUGCUCCAGUAGAAAUAUCAGAUCGACCCAAAUUUCAAUAUUUGAAAAGGGGGGCUGGUCUAUCUCGCUUUCGUAUGUCCAAGGAUGAUAUUUUAAAGAAUCGUACUAAAUUUCAAAGAAAACCAACACCAAAAUCAACUGAACCUAAACAAAUAUAUAAAAAACCUGACGUUAAAAGGAAAAUUGAACCUGUAUGGAAAAGUGUAUCGUGUUCAGUUAAAUCACCAACAAGUAAUUUUAAAUCCCCCGAUAAAUUAGAACGUCCUAAUCCACAACCGUAUCCGGUAAUAACUAAAGAUUCUUACGAGAAAUUAUUAGAAGAAUUAAAAAUAAAACGUGAUCGUGAAGAAUUAAAAAUUUUUGAACUUUUAGAAGAAAAAGCAUUAAACGGUUCGUUUUGUUCUACAAGUUCCGCGCUAAAAAAUUUACCCGAUAAUUCCACACCAAAAUUAGAGAGACUGUUAAAAUCUCAAUUAGGAAUUGCCGAACAAAAUGAACAAACGCCUCCAAUAUCACCAGUUAAAAGUCAACGGAAACUUUAUGAUGAAAACGAAGAGGAUAAAAGUUUACAUGUCCGCUUUGAAGAUGGUAUUGAUGAUACACGGAAUUCAGAAGAGAGUUCUCGUUCAAAUAGUCCUGAAAAUUAUCAAGAUCAAAUAGAAUGGUCGGAUACAUCAGAAGAACAUGAUGAUGAUAAAAGCGAACCAAAUUUUGAAAAUAAUUUAGUAAACACUGAAACAGCGAAUAAUCAAGUGGCUAUUGAUGAAGCAAUUGAACAAAUGCGUAGCGCAAAUGAAACGUCAGAUUCCGCAGUUGAUGAUGUAGAGUUUAAGAGUGAUCUAUUAAAAAAACGUUUAUUAGAACUUGAAAGUGAAAUACAAACAUUUCGAAAAGAGAAUUCUAACUUAAUAAAACGUCGUCAAGAAUAUGAUCAUUUAAAACGUGUUCUAUUGAAAGAAAAAACUGAAAAAGAAAAAUUAUUAGCUGAUGAAAAAAUACGUAUUGAUAAAUAUUUAGAAGAUGAAAAACGUAAAAUAGCUCGUGAAAAAAUGGUGUUUGAAAAAUAUGUCAAAGAUACAAAAAAUCAACCAAAUCGAAAAGAACGUGAGGAAAUUGUUGCUCUCAAAGAUGAAAUACGAACAUUAAAAGAAGAACUUAAAGUUAAAGAAAGCAAAAAUGGAGCUACUCAAGCUCGAUUACGUACACAAAUACGUACGUUAGAAAAAGAAUUAAAUAAUGCGAAAAAAGAAAUUGAAAAAUUACAAAAGGAGAAUCGUCGACUAUCGAAUAUACAAAAACGACAAGCGGGAAUUUCAAAUACAAAAGUUUUACAUGAAAUUAAUAAAAAUAUAUCAAAAAUAUUACCAAAAGCUUUGGCUCAAACACAAUUAAAAAAUUUAGAAAAAUUAGAUAAACAAACUUCACAAAAUAUACACAAAAAAACAGAAAAACAACUUUCAUCUUCUUCAGAGAGUGAAGAUGAAUCAUCGUCAGAAGAAUAUACUCAAGCAAAUCAAUCAAGUGGUGAUGAAAGUGAAGGCGAAGAACCAAAAAGAUCGGAAAUACACAAAACACUUUUUAAAACAAUGUAUCCAAACUCAAAACAUUCAUAUUUUCCAGAAAAAGCUAAAGAAAAUGAAAAUGUACGGUAUGAAGACAAUGAUUACAAGGAAAAUGAUUUUAAUUAUGGAAAUAUGUCGUCGAAAAGACUUUCAAAUAAAGCGGAUGAAACCAAACAAAAAGAAGUUUCACCACGUUUUGAAAGUUAUGCAAGGGCUUAUAAGGAAAGUGAUUAUUGUGUGACAUCGAAUAAGCAUUCAGCGGAUAAUCGUGAUACUGGCUUUGAAUCAUAUCGUAGUUCAAUGAAUCCCACAUUUAGAGAUGUAUCCUCGAAACCUGAAACACGCGAUACUGGUUUUGAAACAUUUCGAAGUAGUGUGAAUCCUUCUACAUAUAGGGAAAAAUUACAUGAGGGUGGCCUUCCAAGUAGUAGUCGAUCACAGUUUGAUAGUGCACGUGGUUCGAAUUUAAAUGAUAUUGAAGACGUGUAUGAAAAAACAUUUGGAAAGUUUAAAAGUAUGAAUAUUAAUUCAUAUCCAACAAAUAAACCUUAUACGGCUGAACUUCCAACAGUUAAAAAAGACGAAACAAUAUUAGCAGAUGGCUUCAAAGAAGUACGUUAUGCAAAUGGGAAUGUAAAACGCGUAUCACCUGAUGGAAGUAUUAUAAAAUUAACAUAUUACAAUGGUGAUCUAAAGGAGACGAAUUUAAAUACUGGAAUUAUUAAAUAUUAUUAUGCGAAAACAAAAACAUCUCAUACUACUUUUCCCGAUGGCUUUGAACAAUUGGAAUUCUCCAAUGGUCAAACUGAAAAACGCUUUAAAAAUGGUCGUAUUGAAGUUAAUUUCCCGAACGGAUAUAAAAAAGUUGUUGAUGCACAAGGAAAUGAAACUUGGUAUUAUUCAGAUGGCACUGUAGUCGUUACAAAAGUGAAUGGUGAGAAAAUUAUUGAAUUGCCUAAUGGCCAAAAGGAAAUUCACAACCAGGAUCACAAGCGAAGAGAAUAUCCGGACGGUACGGUGAAAGUAUUGUAUCCAGAUGGUUCUACAGAAACACGGUAUUCUAGUGGGCGUGUACGAAUUAAAGAUAAGACUGGACAAUUAAUUAUGGAUACUCAAAAAUAGUUUUAAUUAAUUAGCAAUUUAUAAUCUUAAGCUGUGAUACUUAAGUCAGAUUAAUUAUCCGAAAUAAAAAUUUACCAUAUUGGUAACUUGUACAUCUUCAUUCAUGAUAUUCAUGCGAUGUAAAUUCAUUGCACAUAAAUCCGCCUAGAAAUAAAAUUACAUAUUAAUAAAUUUUAAAUCUAUAUUUUUUAUUUCUCUCACGUGAAUGUAAUGCUUUAUGUAUCUGUUCAGCGAUUACAUGAAUACAAUAUUCAGCCGGGGCAGUUAAAUUUGACAAAUACAUUGAUUAUACACGAAAAAUGGUCCAGGACUCUGUUCUUCUA